AAAAUAAAUAAAAGCUCACAACACUACACAGCACAGCACAAUUAGGAAGAACAACGAUCGAGGGAUAGAGCAAUUGCAUGCUUGUUCAAUUGCUGCUUGAUGAUGAUGAUGGGUCUGAUCAACAUUAAUCAUUCAUCCACAACUUUUCUCUCUCUCCUUUUUCUGCUAUCAACCGUCUACUCCGCUCAACUUUUUUCUGGUGGUGAAGAUAAAACUGGCAUCAAAAGUAAUCUGUUUCCAGAAAUCUUAAAGGAUGAGGCGGUGACACAACUUAAUGAGCUCGGAAAGGUAAGUGAUGCCGAUGGCUAUCUUGAGAGGACAUUCUUGAGCCCAGCUUCUGUCAGAGCAGGAAAUCUUAUUCGUAAAUGGAUGGAGGAUGCUGGUUUGAUAACAUGGGUGGACCAAAUUGGCAAUGUGCAUGGUCGAGCUAAAGGGAUGAAUGCAAGUGCCAAGGCUUUGUUAAUCGGUUCUCAUUUGGAUACUGUCAUUGAUGCUGGAAUGUUUGAUGGUGCGCUAGGUAUAGUUUCUGCAUUAUCUGCAUUGAAGGUUUUGAAUAUCACUGGAAGAUUAGGAAAACUACGGCGGCCAGUUGAGGUGAUUGCGUUUAGCGAUGAGGAGGGAGUUAGGUUUCAAUCUACCUUCUUAGGCAGUGCUUCUAUUGCUGGUACAUUGCCGAUUUCAGCGUUACAGAUACGUGAUAAGAGUGGUGUGACAAUGCAAGAUUUGUUAAAGGAGAUAACUGGAGAAACUACUGAGGAAAACUUUUUACAGCUCAAAUAUUAUCCAGAAUCUGUUUGGGGUUACGUCGAGGUUCAUAUUGAACAGGGUCCCAUACUGGAAUUGGCUGGCCUUCCUCUUGGUGUGGUGAAAGGCAUUGCUGGACAGACACGAUUAAAGGUAACUGUGAGAGGUUCACAAGGGCAUGCUGGAACAGUCCCCAUGACUAUGCGCCAGGAUUCUAUGGCUGCUGCUGCUGAGUUAAUUGUAUUGUUGGAAAGUCUUUGUAAACAUCCAGAAGAUUUUUUAUCUUAUGAUGGUCAGUGCAAAGCUUUUACUGCAGAAUCUCUUGCAGGAUCUCUUGUUUGUACUGUUGGAGAGAUAUCAAGUUGGCCAAGUGCAAGUAAUGUCAUUCCAGGCCAGGUAAUUUUCACCAUAGACAUGCGAGCAAUGGAUGACAUGGGACGGGAGGCUAUUAUUUAUGAAUAUUCUAAUCGGAUGCAUCAAAUAUGUGAUCGGCGUUCUGUUUCUUGUGUUAUUGAACGUAAGCAUGAAGCUAAUGCAGUGGUUUGUGAUACCGGACUGAGCUCGCAGCUGAGAUCUGCAGCUUCCACGGCACUGAAGAGAAUGGUAGGUGAGAAUCUAGUUGAUGUGCCUCUAUUGAUGAGUGGAGCUGGGCACGAUGCAAUGGCCAUGUCUCACCUGACUAAGGUUGGCAUGAUGUUUGUGCGUUGCCGGGGAGGCGUCAGUCAUUCCCCUGCAGAGCAUGUAUUAGAUGAUGAUGUUUGGGCUGCUGGUUUGGCAAUCCUGGCAUUUCUAGAAACCCAGACGUAAACAACACAACAGUAUAUAUGCGCUAGUAUAUCUCUCAAAUUUUAAAGUGGAGCAGUCAUUUUGUGCAGAUCCACUGGCUAAUUGUAUAGUUUUCUUAUAGACAAUGUUCGACAUUGUUUUUGUAUGACGUUGGUCUUAAUCUCAUCAAAUUAGGUGGGUUAAAAAUAAUUUUAUUUACAAACUUAAUUAGAGGUUUGAGAUGUAGAAACAGCACAAGGAUAUGUGUGGCUGCUUACACAUAAUUAUUCUAUUUGGUUGUACCAACUCUUCACGAAGCAGUUCGUAAUUGCAAGAAACUUUAAUUCGUUACAAA